GGUCAAUUCUGUUGCACAUUGCAGAAAAUUGCUAUAUUUACUUCAUUACAGCUCUUUAAGCUGCACUUCCCUGGAACAGAUAGAGACGGCACACCUAUAUUGCAAGCAUGACAUAGGUGCAAGAGUUUAUUAUCCUGUGUUUUGCAAAUAUGACCUUGGAAGAUUUCUUCACCCUCACCGAAAUGAAAAAUGGUCUCACAACUUGUGGAAGAGUCGAAGAGCUUAUAUGCGUGAUGCAAAAAUGGAAUUGUGUUACGAAUAAUGUAGGAGACGCGGCGAGGCAAUGGUCUACUGUUGCCAGCACCCUCGCUUGCACGAAAAGUAGGGAAUGCCUUUCUCUCUUUGUUCAUUUAAAUGGGUUAGGCUUUCUAAAUCAUUGGCUGCAGGAAGCUGUUAAAUGCAGCAUAGAUAUUGUUGACGGCGAGGAAUUGAUUAACACUUUAAUAGAAUCACUCGAGAAGCUCCCUACAAACCCUGAAAAGUUGAGUUCAUCCGGAAUAUUUGCAACGGUGGAGAAGCUUUUGGGCCACAAAAAUGCAAAUAUAAAUGAAAGAGCGCGAAUGUUGUUUGAUAAGUGGAAUAAUGAUAACGAAUGCCAAGAAAUGGAGAAAAAUGGUUCAUGUCAUGUUGAUAGUUGUACACCCUCCGUCGAGUUCAAACACGCCGUCGAUGAAGUUGUUGACAAAUCUUCUCGUCAAACAACUGACGAGGAAAGUCAUGAAGUAGAUUCCAGUCUAAUACAAAACCUGUCAGUAAUGAGCGACAAUGAUUUUCAGUUAGGGGAUGUUGAUGAUCGAAAAUAUUCAACAACGAACCAAACCUUGCCAGUGAUUGCUUCUGCCAAAAAUGAUGUAUCUGAUGCCGGCCAAGAGAAUUAUGCUGUUGAAGAAGGAAAUUUUAUUCCUAAAUCAGAAAUAGCAUUUCCCCCUACAACUUCAUCUCCUAAGAUUCAUGUCAAAGAUGAUGAUCCGUGCAACAUUUCAGUUCGGGAUGAUGUGAUGGCAGAGGUGAACGAGCGAAAAAGUGACUCAUGGGAGGUUAGAGCGAAUCCUAAAGUUGUUCGAAGCGCAUCGUGCACACUAACACUCAACAAAGGAAAUCUGGAUCGAUCAGAUGGUAAGGAGGUCAUUCAUAGGUGUGCUAGUGUGGAUGGGGUGUGGACCGAAUAUUUAAAGACAAUGGGUGUCAAAUCAGGCGAACAUGAUUCAAGCUCCUGGAAAAGAGAAGCUACAGAAAAUAGUGGUGAUGCAGAAAAUAGUGGCGAUAGCGACCCCUGUAAUGAGGACCCUUCGAGUACAUGUGAAGGAGUCGAUACAUUUAUCUAUGAGGAACCUUCUAAAACUUCAAAUGAUCAGGUAAUUCGAGAAAUGGAGAAAAGUUCUGAUUCAGAAGCUGAAUCGGGAGAGAUGGAUGCAUUGGAAAUUGCUCGUCUAGUAGCAAUUGAAGUUGAACGAGAGGUUGUUGAUUACAGAGAGGAGUUAUGUAGCUCUUCUUCUGAGUCCAGCUCAAAUGAGGUUAUCAACAAUGCAAGUCCUAUUAAAGAUGAUUGUGAUGUCACUUCUCCUCCUAAGAAUGAUGAUCGCAUGGUUGUAGAAACAGCUACAGAUCCUUCAAAACAGGACCAAAGCCCAGAAUUUCAAAAUGAAGCAGCUGUUAUUCAGGAUUCUAGAGCUAGAACUGAAAUGAGAAAAUUUGAUUUUGAUUUAAAUGAGGAUGCCUGUACUGAAGAUAUUGAUUGUGCAGUAGAUCCUAUUAACCCAAGUAUUCUAAUGAACUUGUCUGCACCAAUAGCUGUUUCUGCUUCCAAAGGAGCUCCUUCGUUUCUGAUCACUCCGCUAUGUUUAGAAGGCGGAUUGGGUUGGAGAGGUUCCGCUGCUACGAGUGCUUUCCGCCCCGCAUCUCCUCGAAGAACUUCUGAUGGUGAAAAGUCCGAAUCAGGCUCAAAAUAUAAACCAAAUUUGAUAGAAUUUGAUUUAAAUGUUACAGACUCUGGGAAUUAUUUACCAUUGGACACUAUCGCAGUACCUGUUUCUUCUGGUAUACCUUCGUGGAACUCAUCGUCCGAAGUCAGUUCGCUGAAGCCGGAGAGGAUAAAACUCGACCUUAACAAUAAUGGAGAAGAUCAAGCAACACCAUCUCACUCACUGCUCGUAAAGCCUUAUUUCGUAAGCAGUGGCCAAACCUCUUCUCCAGCAUCGUCAUCAUCGCGCAAACAACCACCUCACAAACACUUCGACCUGAACGACAAUCUUUUUUCAUCAGAUGCCGCCGUUUCCAAACACAUCAACCUCUCCAAGGCGGAGAACCCCCAUGGAGUUAGAACUGACGAGCCGAUAAUCACGAUCAUGGGCUCAAGGAUGUCGACGGCGGACAGAAGAAUUCACCCCAACCCAACACAUCCAUCCUGCAUACCGAACGGAUUAAACUUCGAUCUCACUUUGCCUACCGGUCCAAUCCUACCUUACCCACCUCACCCAAACUAUGGUUACAUUGCUCCGGGCACCGGAAUGGCCGUACCUUUCCCGCCGGCGGUAUAUGGUUUGGGAAACGUCCCUCGCAUGGUUGAUUCUCGAGGGGCUACCGUCAUCCCGCAGCUAAUGAGCUCAGCCGACGGUACACCAUUAGCGACGCUUCCUUACCUAAUGAGCAUAACAAACACCCCUUCGAGCUCGAACGGCGGCGCUCAACCGGGUCUAGAUUUGAAUUUUGGUUUGAUGGAGCCGGGAACUACUGAGUUGGGUAAUCUGGAACAGAUUAACUCCGGAAAUUCAAUAAAAAGGAAGGAACCAGAGUCUGGAUGGGACUCUUACAACAUUGGCUACAAACAUUUGGCUUCAUGGCACCGAUGAUUCUGAACUUUCUCAGUUCAUUAUAACAUUAACUUCACUGCUUAUUUUUCAGGGCUGCUCAACCUAAAGAAGCUCUUCACCUGACUAUCGGUUUUCUGUUUAAUAUGACUGGCUCCCUUCGUAAACAUUGAUUGACGGGGCGAGUCGAUCGAUUCGUCUUCUUUCUUGUCGCCACUUUCUUCCAGGUAUAAAAAUUGAAUAAGGCUCAUUAUAUAUGUACUUGUUUAGUAUGAUUGAUUAUUAAAUCAUAUAUCUAUAUAUAUAUUCUUGUUCUUUUGUUAUGGUGACCGGUCUUGCGAGUUGAAGGAGGGGAUGGGAUCUUCUAUUUGUACAUUUAUCUUAAAAUUUAGAGAUGGUUCGGGGUGCCAUCUUUGUCAUGCAGUUUUUGAAAUUACAUACAAAUCCACCUGAAACUUGCUAUUUGCGAAUCAACCAAUCUCUGUCAUGCAGUUUUCAAAUUCUAACUCAAAUAUCAAAGUUCGCGGUUUUACCACAAUACUUAUCUUUCAUUUUUAUCAAAUUGUCAGUAGUUUGAUCGUGCUCGAGUAAAUACACUGGUUCGGUAGUUAAAAAAGGUCAUCUGGAUGCUUAAUUUGUAAAUAUGAAUGUUUGGGUUGGUUUUUUAUGUAAUUUAUCCCUUUCUUUGAUGAGUCAUUAUGUGUUUAUUUCUGAAAGAUUACAAUAAACAUUGCUAAAUUUGCUAAUCUUGAGAUUGUGGUGGUGCUUUUUAGUUGUGAAAGAAGUUAGCUUAGGGUUAGUGUAGCCUGAUACGAUUUUGUAUGAUUUGGAUACAUGCCA